UUGAUUCUUGUUGUUAAUGAUUGUGUUGAUAUUGUUUUUGUUGAUGUUUUUAUUUUACAGUCAAUUGCUUUUAUUACUUUGUAUGAGCGGCAUUUAUUGGGUAGAAGGCAGGUUCGUUUAGGUCCUACUAAGGUGAGUUUUAUGGGUAUUUUACAAGCUUUGUUAGAUGGGGUUAAGUUAUUAAAGAAAGAGCAAGUUUUACCCCUUUAUACUUCUGAUUUAGUAUUUGUUUUAGUGCCUGGAGUUUCUUUUGUGUUGAUGUAUUUAAGGAUGGAGUAUUCUUUGUUGUUUUUUUUAUGCUUAUUAGGUUUUGGGGUUUAUUCAGUUAUGUUAAGUGGUUAUAUUAGAAAGUCCAAAUAUGGGAUAGUUGGUGCUUUACGGGCAAGAAGGCAGAGAGUUUCUUAUGAAAUUGCUUUUUCAAUUUAUUUAUUGGCUGUAAUGUUAAUAGUAGUUAAUCGAGCUCCUUUUGAUUUUGCGGAGGGUGAGAGAGAGUUAGUGAGUGGUUAUAAUGUAGAGUUUGGUAGAGUAGCUUUUGUACUUUUAUUCUUGAGAGAAUAUGGUAGGUUAAUUUUUUUUUUUUUUUCUUUAAUAAUUUUUAUUCGGAGUUCAUAUCCUCGUUAUCGUUAUGAUUUGAUAAUAGGAAUAUUUUGA